AUGAAACCUCGACAGCCACAACAGGAGGCCAACCAUGCCCACAAGACCCCCCAUGACAACAACAACCACCCACAGAGGACGAAGAACAUACGCUGGUUCUGCUCUGAAGAGGAAGAAGAAGCCUACAAGUCAGGCGACGACAAGCGCCACUCCCGGUCGCGCUCGCGGUCCCCGGGCCAACGACCCCGAAUGCCACCAAGGAACAAGGCACAAACCCCAACUCAGCAGAAGAACCACCACAACAAUUCGCCUGCAGCAGGUGGCAAAAGCAUCGGCGGGAACCAUGGACACACCCAAAAGACACCAGCCAAGGAUCAGUUAAUACAAGAACUGAAACAGCGGUACACGGGAGAACGCAAGCAAGGCACAAAUCCGAUACCAAGUCAAGAAUACAAAGGAGCACCCAACCACGAGUUGGACGCACCCAUCACCUUUGCGGAGGUGUAUGCAGUGGCACAAAGCUUCAAAAGGAAGACAGCACCCGGAUUGGACGGCAUUACAAACGCCAUGAUACGGAACCUUAGCACUGACACAUUACAAGCCAUCACGGACCCCUUCAAUCAGAAAAUCUGGACACCGGGUGGAAAACUACCCACAGAAUGGACACUGGCACAGAUUGUACUCAUACCCAAACCAGGAAAGCCUAGAAGCCUUGAUCAGCUACGACCAAUCUCACUGACAUCCUGCAUGGGCAAAAUCUUUGAAAAAGUUAUACUCGCCCGUCUCGAACAAUACACAGAGGAAGGGGGGCUCCUACCAACAUCUAUGUACGGAUUCAGGCGAGGGAUGUUUGCCCAGGACAUAUUCUUAUUGCUCAAAGAGGAGGUGCUCAACCCACCUCCAGGUAGCCUCAACAACAUACUCCCUGCGCUCGACAUCAAAAAAGCCUUCGACAACAUCGCACAUUCUUCCAUACUAGACGGUCUCACAGCCAUUGAAUGUGGGAAGCGCAUAUUCCACUAUGUUUCUGCAUUCCUUGGCAAUCGCAAGGCACAGAUUGGCAUGGCCGGCACAAACUCACCACCAUACGACCUCCCACUGAAGGGCACGCCCCAGGGUUCCAUCCUGUCCCCGUUCCUUUUUAACAUCGGCCUCCGAAAACUAGUCCUACAGCUGGAGGAUAUACCGAACCUAGGCUGUGCCUUUUACGCGGAUGACAUUACUUUAUGGGCAACCAAGGGCUCCUACGGAGAACGGCAAGAUGUGCUGCGAACCGCUAUAGACAAGAUUCAAAGCUACCUUCAGGCAGCAGGUAUGACCUGCGCCCCCAACAAAUCAGAAUACCUGCAAAUAAGACCAGUGCGCACCCAGUCCAACCGUGCGCCCCCCUUUCACCUGAUGAUUGCCGGACAGGGCAUCAACAGGAGCCCGGUAGCGCAAAUCCUGGGCAUGCACGUUCAAGAAAAUAACAGCGUAAAGACGGCAAUAGACAAACUCAAACACACUGUCAAGAGUAUUACAACCCUCAUAGCUCGAAUAGCAAGAAGUAAAGAUGGAAUGACAGAAGUCGAGGCACUACGCCUCGUACAGGCCUUCGUCCUCAGCCGAAUCACCUUCGCCUUGCCCUUUCAAGCUACACGCAAGACCGAAAUAGAACACAUCGAUAAGCUCAUUAUAAUCGCAUACAAAGCUGCACUGCAGCUUCCCAACGGCACGAGCACAGACAGACUCAUGUCGAUCGGCAUAAAGAACACAUAUGAAGAACUGGCCGCCGCCACGCCAAUCGCACAAAGAGAACGACUCAACACCACACACCAGGGCAGAAAACUGCUGCGAAGACUGGGAUACCCACUCACCCUCCAAUGCUGCGAAGACGAAACGGUGAUCGUACCGAUGCACCUACGGGAACGUAUCAUCGUGGAACCGGUCCCCAAGAACAUGCAUCCGCUCUACAACCAAAAGCGGCGGCAAGCGCGAGCCCGGAAACUCCUCCAGAGAACGAGCGAUCCUGAUACCUACUACACCGACGCUAGUCUUUACUCUACACCAAUAAAAGGCCCCAGAAAAAAGGCAUUCGCAACGGCAGUAACGAACCAAAGCAAGGUGGUGUCCUGCGCGUCUAUACGAACCAGAUCAAGCGCCACCGCGGAGGCAGCAGCCAUAGCCCUCGCAAUGAGAGAAGCAGAGCGAAGGUGUCGCCCCGCAUACAUUCUGACAGAUUCACAGGCCGCCUGUCGGUUAUACCUCAGAGGAACACUUCCCAGGUGCGUCACUGAUAUCCUGGGCCCCGGAUUGACUGAGGACCAUGCCGUCGCCUGGUGCCCGGGGCACACGGGCCUGGGGGGCAACGAGGAGGCGAACUGCGUAGCUCGAGGACUUGCUGGCCGAGCUGCAGAACCCUCCUCGGGACCCCCUUCAGAUUACCAUGAGGAAACCAUCACUGGCAGGCAGAUUUUGGAGUACCAGCGCCUUACCAGACCGAAGUGCGCUCCUCCACAUCCCAACUUAAGCAGCCAACAAGCCAGGGACUGGCGCCGCCUUCAAACAAACACAUACCCGCACAUAUCGAGACUGCACGCAAUCUUUCCAGAGAUCUUCCUAGUCGUCUCGUGCAGAGGUGCCUGCUCGGGCGGUAGUCGUAGCCUGCGGCUAGCUGCCUCGUCCAUUUUUGACGGCUGGUACGGUUUAUUCGGUCGCCACGAAGCACCUCUACUGGAUGUCACGUUGUAG